CUCUGGUCCAGGUAUAAUGGUUAAAGUGUCUCCGCAUUUUAGCGCCUUCGCUCCUGCGCUGUUCCAGGUCGUAUAUUUUGAAUUGUGCGGUGCUGUGCGCAGCGCGGCACAAUUCGUUUUUCUGCCAAACCGGCGACACCCCUCCUCAACUAUAAAGUUGUCACUUUUACUAUAAAGUUGAGGAAUGUGUCCGGAUCUGUAGCUAAAACUUUAAAAUUAAUAUGUAGUUAUGGAUGCACGGACUGACAUCAGUAUGGAAGUUGUAUGACAUCAAUAUGGUGCUAGUUUGAUUUCACCUGACCACCUGGCCAGCACCCAUAGACCCUCCCAUGACAACAAGCCAUACCUCUCCGGCUAAUAGGAAGUAGAUUCUGCCAGCCAAUGAAGCAGGGCUGUGUUCAGUUCAUUAAACGUUUUACUACGUGCCUGAACGACACGCUUCUCCCCAACUGUUCUUUGAGGGGUCUUUGCUCCUGUUUGGUGGUUGUGGCGGUGUGUUGCCCGACCGUUGAGAACAGCACAGUUUCUGCUGCGGCGUGCAAUCAAAAGUUGCACGCCGUUGUGUCCUGCUGAACACAGCCUUAACUUGAGUCCCCAGGAGGAAAGCAACUUAGGCCAACAACAGCCAACCACCCCAGAGAGGAAUAGCGAAGGAGUUUCUGCUGGGGAAUAAGCCGCUCCUUAACAGAGAUUCUGUCAGCGGAACCCGACAAUAUUCUCCAGUACGCCCAUUCAAAGAAACUAGUGGAGCAGCGUGAAUACAACAUCCUCUCCCACCUGCAAUCCAGUCAGCCUCCAGAGACUACAGUCAUCAAGCUACUGGACAUGCUGAGAGAGAGAGGAGAGAAGUACUGCCAUGGUUUUGUGGCCCUCCUGCAUAAGCAAGAGAUCAUCGCAAACUUCCCCAGACUCAAAGAGCUGGACUGGACCACCUUCAAAGACUCUAGUGCCCCUGACCCAACCCCAGUCCCACCAAGCAUCAGAGCAGGCUCCAUAAUGGGGAAUUUGCAGGAAGUAAUCAAGGCCUGCGGUUACAUCCACAAUGUCUCAGCAGUGAAGAGAGGGAAGAAGACAGGACAUUUCAAUGCCGUUUUACAGCAAGAAGAAGAGAGCAGGAAUCUGAUUGUUUUUCAGCCGCAGCUGCGAGACCGCUUUGCCACAGCAGAGAGUCGCAGCGACCUUGACGGGAGGGUCAAGGAUGUGGCGCUAGCUGACCUUCAAGAGGACAAAGACAACACAGAAAAUGCUGUAAAACAGAAGGUGAACGUUACAGUGGAGGUGAUUCAGAAACUGAAAGAGGGCCAUUGUAAAACGAGAUUGAACAAAAGCAUGCCCAUGGUGGAAUACCUAGUCGGUCAUAUUGUAGAUGAUUCAACAACACUCACAAACCUGACCGUGUGGGGUCGUGAAAACACGGUCGAAGAGGGGAAAUGGUACCGGGUCACCAAUGUUUCUGUUGCUAAGUAUGGGGGUAAAACCGUGCUGAACACAACACCAGAAUCUACUCUGGUCAACGUGGCCAGUGGUAGGAAAUGCGAUCUGCCACACAACAUGGUACAGCCUGAGAAGUUUGAGGGGAAAAUCAUUGGAUACUGGUUGUCCCAAGAGUACACUUGCCCAGAAGCGCACCACCUGGAGAGGGUGGACACCACUGAAAAGAUGGUGACUUGUAAGCAUUGCCCUAUGUCGUACAUACUAUCCCUGAUGGGAAGGAUAACUAGAGGAAAGCUCUCCAUACAAUCUGAUGAUCUGGUCAGCCGGGUGUUCACUGUAGAGGACCAUGUCAUCAGAAAUGUUCUGCGAGGAAGGUGGGAGGGGAGAGAGUCUCUGAAGGACAUUGAGGACGCGCUGGUCGAACUGCCACCAGUGACAGUUACUGUUCUCAAUGGUCAUGUGUCAACCGUUACAACUCAGAGUCAGGAUGUCACCACACAGGGUUACAACUCAAAGUCAGGAUGUCACCACACAGGGUUACAACUCAAAGUCAGGAUGUCACCACACAGGGUUACAACUCAGAGUCAGGAUGUCACCACACAGGAUGAGAAGAGGAAUAUUACUGCGCAACAGCGUGUUUAGUCUGGACUGAUGGUUUUAUUUUGAUCUAACCUUGAUCUAACUCGGCAAGUCAGUUAAGAACAAAUUCUUAUUUACAAUGACGGCCUACCAGAAGGCAAAAGGCCUCCUGGGGGACGGGAUUAAAAUAAAGACAUAGGGGUGUGGGUCCUUUAGUCAUUUUGAUAUCACCUGGGCCACUGCUUCAAUAUGUCUUAGAUGAAAAACGGCAAGAUGAAAAUGUAAAUAGAUUGAUCAUUUAAAAAAAGAAACUUUUAAAACGUUUGAUUUUAUUAUGUGUCAGUAUGUCUGUGGUACUUUUAUAUGUCCAGGUAAAAGCUCAUUUUGUAUUUCAUUUUGACAUUUGUUUAAAACAAGCUCUGUUAAGCGAAUAAAAUGGAGAUUGAAAAACUG